CGGCGCCUCGUCUCCUCCUUGCCACCAUUUACAUAGUUUUAGCACUUCAAAGCGGCGGCGGCGCCGAGCAGGAAACCCCAGCGGGGACCAAGCGGUACCGGGCCCCUCCCGGGGCCGGGCGGCGCCGGGCCCGGUUCCUAGGGCGGGCAGGGUGCCGGGACUCCCCCGACAGCCGUCCCGGGGGGGGGGUUGCAGUGCCCCGUUGGCGGUUAGCGAUGCCGCCGGGCGGGUGGGAGAGCCUUGGCGCUGCCUGGUCCCAUUUUCCUGUGAGUGCUGGCGGACGGUGCUUCUCCGUGCUCUUUUCCCGGGAGCCGGACGUCCUGGGCAGCGGGACGGGGCUGCCGGGCUCCGCUCCCUCCCGCUGGACUGAGCGGAGCGCGCACAGUCAGCAGGAGGGAGAAAAUGAAAGCAGGCUGCAGCAUUGUGGAUAAACCAGAAGGAGGAGGAGGCUAUCAUUUCCCGGAGUGGGCAUACAAGACCGAGUCCAGCCCUGGCUCCCGUCAGAUCCAGUUAUGGCAUUUCAUCUUGGAGCUCCUGCAGAAGGAGGAGUUUCGCCAUGUCAUUGCUUGGCAGCAGGGCGAGUACGGGGAGUUUGUGAUCAAGGACCCUGACGAGGUAGCACGGCUGUGGGGCAGGAGAAAAUGCAAACCACAAAUGAACUACGACAAGCUGAGCCGAGCUCUCAGAUACUAUUACAACAAGAGGAUUCUUCACAAGACAAAAGGCAAAAGGUUUACCUACAAGUUCAACUUCAACAAACUGGUGAUGCCCAACUAUCCAUUCAUUAACAUUCGUCCUAAUGGUGUCGUGCCACAGAGCGCCCCUCCUGUGCCCACGGCUUCGUCCCGCUUCCAUUUCCCACCUCUGGACAGCCACUCUCCCACCGAAGAUGCCCAGCCCAGUCGUUUCUCUGGUGGCUCACUGGUCCCAUCCAACCCAGAAGCUUUGAACGACAGUGGCGAGCGGAAGCCCGACAUGCCGGAGCUGGAGGACGGCUCCUCGGAUUGGCGCCGCGGCGUGGAUCUCAUGACGUCGCGCAAUGCAGUGGGCGCUGGCAGCGUCAAUCACCAGAAGCGCAAGCCAGAUAUUAUGCUUCCUCUCUUCACGAGGCCCGGAAUCUACCCGGAUCCUCACAGUCCCUUUGCCGUGUCCCCUCUGCCAGGGCGCGGCGGGGUCUUAAACGUCCCAAUCUCUCCUGCGCUGUCCCUGACUCCCACCCUUUUCUCCUACAGCCCCUCGCCGGGUCUCAGCCCCUUCACAGGUAGCAGCUGCUUCUCUUUUAACCCCGAGGAAAUGAAACACUACCUGCAUUCACAAGCUUGCUCAGUCUUCAACUACCAUCUGAGUCCACGGACUUUCCCCCGCUAUCCGGGGCUCAUGGUUCCACCACUACAGUGCCAAAUGCCCCAUGAGGAGCAGCCCCAGUUCCCGAUUAAGCUACAGCCUCCACCUGUUGGGCGCAAAAACAGAGAGAGACUGGAAAGUGCUGAGGAGUCGACUACCCCCCAGCUAGCUACUCCUUCUCCCAGGGUCAAGGUUGAGCCCUCGAUGGACAAGGAAGCAGAAUGUGAGGAGCCAUCAGUGAAAGGAAAAGAAAAAAGUGAGAAGGAGGAAGGCUCUGGCAUGGCAGUGCCCAACACCAGCCUGGAAGAGGAGAAAGGGCCUAUAUUUGCCAGACCAGCUGCCCCAUCCUGGCACCCAGCGCCAUCAGCAUCCACACAAGUCAACUUCUCGGCUGAAGAAUCCCAGGAGCAAGGGGAAGGCAGCGGAGAGAAGUCAUCCCGAGAGUCUGCAGGGGAAUUGGGAGCUCAGGAGAAGAGAGAGGAUGCCCUGAUGCCUCCGAAACUGCGUCUCAAGCGCCGCUGGAAUGGUGACCGGCAGGCGGAUGCCCCCGAGGAGCGCCAGAACGGCAAGGUCCACUGGAACGGCGUGCUGGGCAGCCCUCACCUCGUGGCAGGACCCAAGGCCGUGACAGCCACGGCUGCGUCCGACACCUAGGCGCGGGAGAGCCUCGCAGUCCGUUUGUACUGAAAGCAUCUGUGUAUUUAUGUAGCAAGGUUGCAGAGCGUGGGGGGCGGGAGGGUGGGGGGCCGGGGCUAGAAUGGUUUGAUAAUUCUAGAGACUAGGGUUUUGUGUUCUUUGUUUUCAUUGUUGAAUUGCAGGUGAGACGCGAUUGUCUUGUUCCGAUCAGGAGAGGCGAGGGAAGCUGACAUUUUGUGCGCGAGCUUCAGACCUUGCAUGAACUCCAGAGGGGUUGAGGCCUCCAUCGUGCCUGAGGAACUCCAGACAUGAUCUAUUUUAUAUAUGCUCUAGUAUUUAUAGAAGCAGGAAUCUCUGAAUUCAUCUAGUUCCUUUUCUAUGGAGUCUGGUGUGAUGGUGGGAGAGGAUUUCCUGACGAUUUGAGAUGUGACAUUUGUCAAUGUCGGAAGCUGUUUGUAUUUGGGGAGGGGUGGGGGACAGGGGGAGAGGGAACAUUGCACUGUCUUCAAAAUGGAAUAGCUUGCAGAAGGACACAAAUCAGAAGGUCUCCUUGGUGUCGGUGAGGUGAGAUGCUGCUGGAAAAGCAGCAGUAGUGGCACGAGCUGCAUUCCUGACGAGCAGAUCUUGGUAGUGCUUCAAGAUGUGGUAGUUGUUCUUUUAGCCUUUUUGAAAUACUGCAGAAGCCAUGAGCAAAUUAUAGAAUCUUUCAGGGAAGGGAGUGGGGUGGGAAAAAAAGAAACCUAAUGCCUUUAAUAUACGCAUUAAAAUGUACCCUAGUUUUUUUCCUAAUUGUAUGGGUGGAGUUGGGAGUGAUUGGAAGAUUAACACUGAAAUGAUUGUGGUGAGUUCAUAGAGAAGGAAUGACAGGAGCUUUGUUAAAUCUUAUUUCCUUUGUUUGGUUCCCCUAUCACUUUGACUCAUGCCUUAACUACGUGUACACUUUAUGUGAUCAGGGUCUAUUGACAGAAGAAGCUUGUAUAAGAGCCAGACGCAUUUGGCCAAGGUUGGGUUUCUAGACGGUGUUAGAUUUGGUUGUGUGGCAGGGUGCUGAGAGGAGCCGAGCGUGGGGGCUGCAGAAGUACCGAGUCGUGGGGAAGCCGAGGGAUAGGUCGGGUGUCCGAAGCGAUGCCUCUGUCGGCUGGCGCAGAGCACAUGCAGGAGGGCUUCAGAAGUAGGUUUUUCAGAGGGUGGGUUGAUACUGGAGGGAAGGGGAGCAGUUUGUGCGCUGGCAGCUGCUCUUGAGUUUGCUGUGUAAAUCUUGCUGUAUUUGCUAUAAAUCUGCUAUUUCCCUACAUAGCUGCGUUUCUCGUUAGAAUAACUAACUUAGGUUCCAGAUUACACCAAGGAAUGUGGUUCUCUCCCGCUAUAUAGGGAUGAAUUUCUAACAAUUCCUUGAAAGGAACUUAAAAAGCAUUGAUCUCCACAGGGAUAGAGUUGUAUCUACAGUGUUGUUGAUUAUUCAUGCAAUUUUAGGCGAAUAGCUUGUGCAGGCAGAUUUCUUUAAUCGAGGACUUAGUUACUGUUGUAAGAGGGCAGGGAGUGUGUGAGCACAAUAUUAUUUGCAUACGCUAUUAGGCAUGUAAACCUUUGUCUGUGCAACUGAGAUGGCAGCUCGCCCGCCAGAUCGGGGCCAGCACGUCGAGACGCUGGUCAGGCCCCGCUGAAACGAAAUACUGUACAUGGCACGCGGAGGGCUCUUAGGGGAGACGGUCUGCUCGGAGACGGCCGCCCCGGAGGCGAUGCAGGAGCCGUGUUCUGGACGGGGAGGGUGGGGAAGGGGUUGCAAUCUGCUCGCUCGGGCUAGGCCGUCGCAGCUGCAGCGUCCGCGCCUCGGUGCGGUUCCCGCUCUGCGCCCCGUUGAGCGAUCUGUCCGAAGCCGCGAGCUGAGCUGCCGCUCGGCCGGGCUCAAAACCUGCAGACCUCCUAGCUCCCAGUCCCUGGCUGUAACCGCCAGCCCGCGGGGCUGCCUUUUUCGCACCUGGAUUUACCUCCAAAUUUGGAGCCAAGCACAGAGGAAAAGGGGGGGAAGGAGCCCCUCGUUCUGGACCACCCUUCCCCAGAGAGAGGGCCGGCAGAUGUCAGUGUGAACUCAGGAAUUAGAAACAUGAGGCCUUUCAGAUCAGUAAUGCAUAUCGUCACCCCCAUCGUACCCAAGUGCCGGAGUCGUGGAUGCUGCUUCCGUUUGGGGGAGGGGGGUACAAGUCGCCCUUUUCGCACUUCUUUAAGGAAAAAAGUUAACUACACGGAACUGUCGUUUGGCUUUAAAAGUUCGCGAUCGGUUUUUGGGCCGGGGGUUUCUUCAUAGCCAUUGCACUGCAAACUGGGAGCUCCAAGUUCAGGGAUAAAGGACUCAGGUUCUCAGGACAACGGACCGGUGACCGCUGGGUACGUCCGACUCCGGGUGAUGCCCUCCGCUUCGGAGGAGGGCGGCGAGGCUCCCUCGGGCCGCGGUGCCCCCUCCCCGCUGGCUCAGGGGGUCACCUUUGUGCAAAGGCAGGGGCUCCUCCUGCCCAGACUUCACAUUGCCUAGCAGCAGCUUCAGAGGAGGAAGCUUAUAAAUACAUUUUAAAUAAAUAUAUAUAUUCCAAUGUGCCAAAAUAUUUAAACUUGUAAAGUUUAAAUGGUUGAAAUCUCAACGUCCACCUGUAUUAAUUAAUCAAGAGCAUGUUAAUGUUUAAACCAUUUUUGCUUUGUUUAGUCAUAGAGAAUCUGUAGGAAAGAGACUUUAAUCGGACAACCAGCUGCAAUCCAAGGUUUCUGGGGGAAAAAGAUCAACACAGGGCAGGGAAGAUUAGCUGCACAUCUACCCAUAAUGGCAACCAAGUCUUGCAAAAUUGCUGGGCCCUGAGACUUGAUAAGCUCCAGAGUUUAGAAACGAUCCAAUUUCUCCCUCUCCCUUCCAACCUGUGCCCGUCCCGUGGACGAGGAUUCUGCAGGACUGUCCUGACUGGGAGACCGGUGCGGCUGCUCGUGUCCCGCUGCGCGUGGGGGAUCUCAUCUUCCGGGACCGUGGGUGAAGAGCAAGAAAAGCCCCUCUCUAGAAGCAUUAACCGUGGUGGCAGAUCGCGCCACCGUCUUCACCUACAGGAGGUUAAACCCAUUGCUUGGUUGUCCCUUGUUUUUAUUUAUUCCAUAAUUAUGUUUUUGUUUUUAAAGUAACCUUUUUUCCUCUUUUUUUUUUUCUUAUGGAUCCUGGUGGGUUUAAAAACGAAUUUCUUCUUUUGGUUUGAGAUACUUGUAAUCAGAUUGUUUAAAAAAGUUCGAUUUUAGAGUGUUUUUAAGGAGAAAGUAUUUACCAAUAGAAAUUUUUUUUAAAAAAAUCACUUUUCAUGAGGCAUGUUCUUUGACUUUAUUAGAAUUGAUUCAGCAGGGAUUAGUAUGGAUGCAUACACAUAAGAGCAACGAAUUUGUUAGCUUGAGCUGUCUGUCCAUUGAAAGCAGGAUUAAAAGUGUGUGUGUAUAUGUACAUAAAAAUGUAAAGUAGUCUUUAAAUACUCCAUUGUGCAGUGCCUUUAGACGUUCCACUUUCUAUAAAGUCUUCAAAAAAAGUUUGCAUAUAUAUAUUAUAUAUAUAUGAUGUAAUGUUAUAGAAAUAUAUGUAUAAUAUACAUAUUUUUUCCAGGGGUAUCUGAUAGCUCUGUAUUUUGUUAUGGAAGUUGAAAGAAAAAAAAAGUAUUUUACCUCAAAUUAAAAAGUUAAAUAAACCUUUUAAAUAAGCA